GCGGCAGAAACAUGACAAAGGCAAAUUUCAACAGGAAAGCAAACAGGCAACAAAGAAGCUUCUUCAGCUUGUUCAAGUAACUAUUUAUCCUACUUCACCGUUCCCCUUCUGUCCUCAAGUCCCAAAAGCAACCCACAAGCUCAUCUGCCAGUCGAUAAUGGCGGACCGGUUCUUCCCAAAUAUAAUGCCAGAUUUCGUAGCCGAAACUCCAACUUUACCAACCCAAGAAGCAGAACCCGAAAUUGGGUCUGGCUCACUCAUGAAACUCCUCUCCAUGCCUUACCCAUCUCUCUCCGAGCGCUUCAAGCGCACAGCUUUGGACCUCAAAGAAACCAUACUCAUAGAGACAUGGGGAGCCACUGGUCAACACGUCCAAGACUUCACUCUCUACGCUGGGGCUCUGGGCACUGCCCUUUUGCUCUUCAAAUCUUACCAAGUCACCAGCAACACGAAUGAUCUGAGUCUUUGUUCUCAGAUUAUCAAGGCCUGUGACUCUGCUUCUCUUGGUUCAAGGGAUGUGACAUUCAUAUGUGGCAGAGCAGGUGUUUGUGCUCUUGGGGCUGUUGCAGCAAAGCACCUCGGUGACUCUGCUUCUCUUGAUUAUUAUUUAGCCCAGUUUAGGGAGAUUAAGCUGUCAAGAAAUCUCCCUGAUGAAUUGUUAUAUGGGAAAGUUGGGUUUUUGUGGGCUUGCUUGUUUUUUAACAAACAUCUUGGCGAGGGUACAAUUUCUUCAGCAUACAUGAGAGCAGUUGUGGAUGAAAUUAUCAAGAACGGCCGAGCAUUGGGCAAGAGAGGAAGAUGCCCCUUGAUGUUUGAAUGGUAUGGGGAGAAGUAUUGGGGAGCUGCACAUGGAUUGGCAGGGAUUAUGGAUGUUUUGAUGGACAUGGAAUUGAAGCCAGAUGAGGUUGAAGAUGUCAAGAGUACUCUCAAAUACAUGAUCGAUAAUCACUUUCCUAGUGGUAACUACCCUGCUAGUGAAGAAGAUAAAAACAGAGAUGUUCUUGUUCACUGGUGUCAUGGAGCUCCUGGAAUUGCCCUCACUCUUGCAAAAGCUGCAAAGGUUUUUGGAGAUAAAGAAUUUAUGGAAGCAGCUGUUGAUGCAGCAGAGGUGGUGUGGAAACGCGGACUGCUAAAGCGAGUUGGCAUUUGCCAUGGCAUUAGUGGGAAUGCAUAUGUGUUCCUUUCGCUCUACCAACUGACAGGAAAUCUAGGGUUCUUAUACAGAGCCAAAGCUUUUGCGUGUUUUCUAGUUGAUAGAGCUCACAAGCUUAUAUCAGAGGGAGAGCUCCAUAGAGGUGAUAGCCCUUACUCCUUGUUUGAAGGGGUUGGCGGUAUGGCUUAUCUUCUUUUGGACAUGAUUGAACCUUCUCAGGCAAAGUUUCCUGCUUACGAACAGUAAACUGUGUUUGUAAGAGGGAAGGGGAAUCCUCCUUGUGUAAAAUUACCGUCACUCGUUGUAAUUUAUACUGAGUAUAUAUGACAACUUUUCUGACCAGGUACCAGAAAAUGUACAUCUCCAUUUAGUUAAAACUGCAGUAGUCUCUCUAUUAUC